UUUUUCCACAGUGACGCGCUGUUCGCGGAAGUCACCAGUGGAUUGUUGAAUUCACUUACCGGGUGCUCAUGUUGAGUCGGGUGUCAAUCUCAACUCGAUUGUUGUGCCGUUUAACGUCACCUUCACCGGUUCUGACCCACAUAAGUCUCUAUAACAACCGCUUUUUUAGAAACAUGGAGAGUUGUGUGGUGAGGUGCGUGCCAUGCGAGAGCAAACUGACCAUCAGCUUCACUCUGGACGGGAGCAACAAACACAUGCUGAGAGAACAAACAGAACCGCUGGAGAAAGUUCUGGCCAGAAUGUCCAACAGUAUCAUCAAAGCACAAAGCAAAGAUAAAAAAUCAAAACGAAGUCGAGGUGAAACAGCUGCGGCGAUUGAGAAACCAGAAAUCAAACUGUGCGUCAACGGAGAGCCCGUGACUUUGGACACCGCGAAUUCAGACGCAUGGAAGGACGGAGCUGUGCUGCACGUGGGAGAAAUUACCUACGAGGUGGUGAGAAACCCUCCAACAUUCACUGUGUCUGAGCUACCUUCAUCUCUGAUGUCUGGCUUUCCGGUUUGUCCUAAAUUAGAGGUGGAGUUUGGAGACGUCAAGGACGGCGAGUUUAGAUGGUUCAAGGAGAACUCGCCAAACUCUCACAUGAGCGGAGAGCAGGACUGCUGGAGCGAGGCUGGAGAUGAACGUGUAUUCACACCAUCUAACCUCGACAUUGGGUUGAAGGUGAUGCUGAAAUGCACACCAGGGAAUGGAUCCAGGUUUGGAGAACCCGUAAAGCUGGUGUCCGCAGGCACCGUGGAGGCUGGUCCGGGUACAUGCACGUUUGAUAACAGGCACAUGUACACCCAGAGAGUCACAGACGAGACUUCAGUGAGGGUUGUGUCUUAUAAUAUACUAGCUGACAUUUAUGCUCAAACAGAUCUUUCCAAAACCGUCCUGUACCCUUAUUGUGCUCCGUACGCGCUGGAGAUGGACUACAGGCAUAAUCUGAUCAAGAAGGAGCUCUCUGGGUAUAAUGCAGAUAUCAUUUGCCUCCAGGAGGUUGAUAAGGGUGCUUUCACGGAUAGUUUGUCUCCUGCGCUCGAUGCUUUUGGGCUGGACGGUGUUUUUAAGAUCAAGGAAAGACAGCACGAGGGUUUGGCAACGUUUUUUAGAAGGUCCAAGUUUAGAAUGCUCGCCCAGUAUGACGUUACGCUAAGCAAGGCCUUGAUGACGGAUCCUCUUCAUCAGGAACUUAUGGAUAAGGUGUCCACCAACUCCAGCCUCAAGGAGAAGAUAGAAAACCGAUCGACAGCUUUGCAGGUAACUGUGUUGCAGUCGUUGUGUGACCCUUCCAGGGUAAUAUGUGUUGGAAACACGCACCUGUACUGGCAUCCUACCGGUGGAAAUGUCCGGCUGGUUCAGAUAGCUGUUGCUCUGAAGCACAUUAAGCAGGUGGUUACAGAGAAGCAUCCUGGAGCGUGUCUUAUGUUCUCGGGUGAUUUUAACAGCACACCCACCUCUGGACUCCUCCAGCUCGUGUGUCAGGGAUCCGUCUUGGAGAAUCAUGACGACUGGGCGUCCAGCGGUCCGGAGGAACUGGUUCAGAUGGCACUGGUAAACCCUUUACAGCUGGUCAGCGCUUGUGGGUUUCCAGAGUACACCAACUACGUCGGAGGCUUCCAGGGGUGUCUAGACUAUAUUUUCGUGGAGCCGCACGUGUUGCAGGUGGAUCAGAUUAUUCCUCUGCCCAGCCAUCAAGAAGUCACAACCUGUCAGGCCUUGCCGAGCGUCUCGCACCCCUCUGAUCACAUCGCACUGGUUUGUGACCUCAAAUGGAGGUGAAAGAAUAUGUGGAUGUUGUGUGAUGGAAAUGAAAUAAAAAUGACAUUGUGCUGUCUACAUAACCAACUCUUUAACACAUUAAGUACAUUUUUAAUGUUUAGCUUUGUUUUUCCGUCACAUAGCCGGAUGCUUGAUAUAGAAAAUAUUAUUUAUAAUGAAUUAUAGUGUUUAAUAUUCAGCAUUAAAAAAACACUACAUGGAUGAAGUAAAUGUUCAGCUUUUGGUAAUUUUAUCUCAUCUCAUUAAUUUACCUUUUGAUGAUUGAACAUUGACAAUGUUACCAGACAAUUUUAACAGCAAGUAAGAUUAUUUGCAAUAAAAUAAACUAUUUGUUUAGACGCCACAUUGGAUGAAAGUGUCUGCUAAAUGAUUAGAUGCGAA